CCCUCCAUAGAAAUGACAGCGCAAUUCCUUUUUAAAGUCCAUGUUUUUCCUGUGAAUGAUUGAUUCUCAACCAAUCCUUAGCCCCUCGCCCCUCGCCAUUGCCACGACCGGCGGCUUGCCGCGGUGACAACCAUGGCUCCUUCUGUCUCUACCGGCAGGCUCCUCGAACUUAACCUCAUAUCGGCCCAAGAUCUGGCCCCAGUGUCGAAAUCCAUGCGGACGUAUGCGGUCGCGUGGGUCCAUCCUGAUCGGAAACUGACGACGAGGGUCGACGAGAAAGGGCACGCAAACCCUAACUGGAACGAGAAGUUUGUGUUUCGCGUGAAUGAUGUCUCUUUGGAGACCGACACCUGCGUGAUUACCAUCGAAAUCUACGCAUUGACUUGGCUUCGUGUGGUUCUCGUCGGGACGGUCCGAGCGCUCCUCAGCAGCCUCAUUCCUCCGUCGACACGGACGCGGACCAAGAACACGCCCAUGAGAUUCAUGACCUUGCAGGUUCUGCGUCCAUCGGGCCGGCCGCAAGGGGCAAUAAAUUUUGGCGUCUCGCUCAUCAAUAGCAGCAUGCGCAGCAUGCCAUUGAACUCGGAGCUGAGCGCAUCUUUGGCCUUCGACAGUGGUGAAGAGGCGGACCAAAAGGACAAUAAAAAGGAACCUGGUAACGAUGGGAACAAGAACUCACAGAAGGAUGCCACGAAAAUCCGCCUAUGGCGGUCGCAGAGCGAGAGGACAAAUGACUACUCCUACAAUCCUGGAAGCACCGUUUGCAACGACUCGAUGGUUGGGUUCAAGCAGACGAAAGGCGGGAGCUUGUUGGGGUCGAUGGUAUCCGAUGUGGGCCCAUCAGCGUCAAUUGUGGCGGCCGCCAUAGCCAAGGGGUUGCUACCCCCGAAUAAGAACUACCGCGAGGAGGGCGAGAGCUCGAUACUGCUCGACAAUUGGACAGAGAACGAUAGCAGCGAGGGCCUGAGGACCAAGAUCGAGCGGUGGCGAACCGAAUUGCCCCCGAUCCAUAACCGAGGCGGCAACGGCAAGAAGAAUGCCAAAACGGGUGCGAACCAAGGUAGAGAUCGUCCACGAAGGCACAGUGAUGGAGGCGGAUUGUUCUCGUGUUUCGGAAACGCGUACGGGUGCGAGUUCUCUAUCAGUUGCGGUGGAGGCAGCACCAAGAAGAUCAGGGACGAGCCCAGUAGAGUUGGAUGAUCCCAGGACUGCGCAACUUCUUGCCUUGCACGCAUGCUUAGUCUGUUUCAAGGGGAAAAAGAAAGCAUCACUAGGAAUUCGCAGAAUUGUUAGAAAUCAUACUGGAAAUAUUGUAUCGUAAAGGAAAGUGAAGGAAGUAGAGGGAAGAUGACUUCUUCUGUUCCUGCAACUCUCAUGUUAGCCUAUUGUCAAAUAUAAAGUUUA